AUGGAAGAAAAAUCUCCAGAAGAAUGUUUAAAUGAUCCACAAUUUAUUCAAGUAUUAUCAACUACAUUAUCGUUAGAAGUAGUUAACAAAGAAAAAGAAAUCAAAGGUAAAUAAUUGCAUAACAUCAUUUGUUAUAAUGUUUUAAAUUAUAUCAUCUAAAAAACUAACAGACAAAUUGACAGCUUAAAAUCAUUUAUUUCGAGCUUUGUUAAAGACCGAAAAAGAUUAAAGCAGUUGACUCAAAUAGAACAAAAAAAUAAGAUAAUUUUUCAGACUACCUUAGAUAGCUUGCGAAAAAUUGAGAACGAAAAAAUUCUAAAAUUAUGUCUAGUUAAAGAGAAACAAAAUAACAGUUUAUUAAAAGCACAAAUUGAUCAAGAACGAUUCUUAAAAAUCUUAGAAACGUACAAGGAAACAUGGAUUAAAUACGAAGCCGAAUACGAGAAAUUUCCAUUGGCUAUAGAGAGAAAGAAAAAUAAAAAUGAAGUUAAAAAAAUGAAAAUUCAAUGUAUGAUUCAGGAGUAUAAAAGAGUGGAGUAUCAGAAAAUGUUAAAUCUAAGAAGUGACAUCGAUGAUUUAAAAAUACAAUCAAUUGUUAUUAAAUUAUCUGAAACAGUAUUAGCAAGAUGGAAUCAACAAUAUAAAAUUAAUAGGCUGAUUGAUGAAUACUAUAAAUUAAAAAUAAAAUGGAAUGAAAUAUUUCAGCAACAUCAAAAAAUGAUGGCUGAGUUGGAAGCAGAAACGAGAGAAAAAGCAUUAACGAGACAGCAAAUGCCUCCACCAAGAAUUGACUUUUCUUUUAUGCGAGCAGUAUACACAGAAACUUCACCAAAAGAUCCAUUUUGUUAUACGCAAAGACUGCGUAAACGGUCUGAUUCAGAUUCAAUCUCUAUUAAUACUCUUAGACUGGAAGAAAUAUGCUGUGAUGAACCUAGUGUUCCCGUAGUUUCAACACAAAACACUUAUGAAGAAGAAAAUGAUGCAAUUCCAAUAGAGACUUAUGAAGAGGAUAUAAAUAUAGACACUGCUGAAGAACAAGAAAUUAACGAAACAAAUGAUGCUAAUGCGGAAAUACUUGAAAAAGUUUGUCGACAACUUAGCAUUACAGAGGAACUCGAAGUUUCAAAUUAUGAAAAAAUACCUUCUCAAACUGAAGCACAAAUUCAUUUUGAGUCACAUCCUAUUCAAAAAACUUUUUCAAACGAAAAAAUUAAUCAUCUAAAGAAGAAAAGUUCUUAUACUGAUGAUUCAUUUGAUUCAAGUCUAAAACCAACUGAAAAGAAAAAACCUAAAAUAGAUCAUCGGCUUGAAAUUUUCCAGCAAGAUUCUCAGAAACAAAAACUUUUCCAAACAAAACAACAAUCUCAUAAUGAUAUUCAUUUGGCUAUUUCUCAUCCACAAGUCAGAUCUAUUGAAAUAGUUUCGCAGCCAUUAAAUACAAACGUUAGGCCACCAAUGGCUGAAGUUCCACCAACACCAUCAGCUUUAUAUUCCCCACGUCUUGGAUCCAAUUAUGGAAGUAGCACUAAUUUAUCUAAUAUAAUGAAUCAAAAUCUGGACGAUUCUGACUUAAAUUGGAAAGAUUUUGUGCCUUCAAGAGCUGGAUCUGAUAUCUCUUACGUAUCAAGUAUUUCUAUGUUUGAUUCUAAGAAAACAAUUGGCGACAGCAAAGCUAUAAAACCAAUAAGCCAGCCACAGGACUUAAAUGUAAACAACUUUUUAAAUUUCCUUCCAACUAACAAUAAUCAAACAAACAAACGAUUUUUUUGA